AUGGACAAAAAGUGUUCGCAACUAAGUGCUACGUGGCGACGCCCAAGUUCGAAAUCUAAGAAACGAAAAUUUCAUGGAGUGCUUCCACACCAGUCUGAGGCAGAUACGAGUUAUGCUAGUGCGAGUGCAGCAAAAUUAAAAACAUCGGACGAUACAAGUUUCGAUGUACACAUCGAUCCAACGGCUGGAUAUAGUGUUAUUCAGUUUUUUCUUGUUUUUUCUGCAUUACAACAAUAUUUGAAGUGUAAAGUUUGUAAUAAAGAUGUUUCCUUUACAAAGUACGGUCAGCGAGGACUCGGUUUCAAAAUUUGUGUAACUUGUGAUUGCGAAGAAAAAUAUAUUAACUCAUGCCCUCAUGAUCUCAACUGGGUACGAAAUCAAUCGUCGUUUAGUGUACGUUAUGCGUUUGAUUGGUGUUGGAUUGAGUGGUAUCAAUACGUUUUGUGGGCUCAUGAAACUGGGACAUGGAACCGCCGCAGCUCUAACGCUUCAAAAGAAACUAGGUCGAGACGAAGGGAAGCUUUUUUGAACGAGCACAACUUCUACGAAGAAUCGGAAGGUUCAUUGUAUGGAGCAGGCAUCGCUGAUUAA